AUGAUUUUCGUGCAGUUUUACGAACUAGCAACGAGACUCUCAGACCUGCGAAGUCUGCGUGCUGCAAACCAGGGAGAUUUCACAGCCUUUAGAAAUGUUCUGGAUAUCGCAUAUGGAAGAAAGGGUCCUCUCUGGUGGGAUUUAUUGAAGUUACUGUUACGAGGUCCGACAUCGCCACGUCCACAGCCCAUUAUAACAGGGAAUGAAAGGUCGCGUCCGCCGGCAUACUCCCAGCACUUGGCUACCCUUCUCACUUCGACUCUGUCUCGUCGGACGAAGCCUUUGAGUGCUAACGACCUGAAGUCUCCCCCAACUCUACAGGAUCGAGCCAAGCUGUCAUCUAAACAUGUUGUUUUUCUGGGCCCUUUUA